GGACUUUUGGCAUCCUCUUUUCAACAUUCUAUGCUUUGGGACACGCUUAUUCUAAUCUCACAUACUAUUUAGGAUGGAUAGUAUGAACAUUGAGACGCAGGGUAUGUCUAUGAUUAGAAGAAGAAUAAGAGGAGGCGGUAAUGCACUUAUAAGUCUGCGAUCCGCCGUAGAAGAAGAAGAAGAAGAAGAAGUAGAAGAAGAAUGAACACGUCCCCUGCAGUCCUAUGAGCGAAUCUGUCUCUAGUGUCGUUAGUAACGGAGUGACGCUGUCCUGUUUCCAAGCGCAACCCAGAAGCACAACAAGGCUCUUCUCGCUAACGUUCAUUGCAAAUCUUCCAGUCCUUCACAUCAUUCCCAUUCUAUUUUCAUGACAGUGCCUUUUGAUAUUCGAACCUUAUGUUAACGCUCUAUAUUUAAUUCUGGUGACGUUUAUUUUUCUUCUUGCCACGUUAAAACUCUUGCAUCACCCUGCUGUAAUGGCUGAUUUUGGGUUUAAUGAGCAUCAUCAGAAUGAGGUGAUAAACUACAUGCGCUUUGCCCGCUCUAAACGGGCACUGAGACUAAAGACAAUUGACUCCUGCUUCCAAGACCUGAAAGACAGUAGGCUCAUGGAGGAGACAUAUACGGUGGAUGAGGUAUCUGACAUGCUGGACGGGCUACAGGUGCUGGUGCGUGGAGAAGUGGAGAUGGAACUCAUAAACACAGCUCACACUAAUGUGCUGCUCCUGCGACAACUCUUUUCCCAGGCAGAGAAAUUCUACCUAAGAUUGCAAACAGACAUUUCUGAGCUGGAAAACAGAGAAUUACUGGAGCAAGUAGCUGAGUUUGAGAAGACUGAUUUCAAAGCCAACAGCAAGGUAAAUCAGGAGUCUAGUAAGCCAAAAUUAGCACCACUGAAUGAAGGAGGUGUGUCUGAACUACUCCAGAAGGAGAUUUCCAGACUACAAGAGGACAAUGGCAAACUGAAAGCUAGACUCAGAACUUUGGAAUCUCAGGCCAUGAGUGCUCUGGAUGACAAGUCCAAAGCAGAGAGAGCCUUGAAAGACCUUCAGAAGAGCCAAGGAGAUCAACAGGAGAUCACAAAUCUGGAAGGCACAGUUGCAGAGAUGCAGGCUGACUUUGAAAAGACCCUGAAUGCCAACGUUGCUUCUCAGAAAGACCUGCAGGACUGCCUGGUAUCUGCUAAACAUGACCUGCUCCGUGUCCAGGAACAACUUUCACUUGCUGAGAAGGAACUGGAGAAGAAAUUUCAGCAGACGGCUGCUUACCGCAACAUGAAGGAGAUUCUCACUAAAAAGAAUGAACAGAUUAAAGAUCUGAGAAAGAGAUUACAAAGGUAUGAAUCAGAUGAGUGAAUUUUAACCCACAAGAAGAGGUCAACAAAGAUUAUCACUACAGGAUCUGAUGUACCAGCUACACCUUGUUGUACGGUUUACAGUGGAUUAGAAAUAUUAUUUGGACAUUCACACUACAAUUACUUAGUUAUUCAUCACCUCUUUGUUUUUUUUCAGUAUUUACAGCUGGUUAACUGAGAGGAAGUUUUUGCAAGUACCCUCAUAUAUUGUGUGGGUUCACUUUGCUUAGGAGGAAAUGUAUUGCCCAUAGCUUUGCUCCCUUCUUUACUGGAAGAAUACAGCUCGACACUCUUGUCAAACAUUGUUUCAAAGAACUACAUAUCUGUGCAUUAUAAUAAUAAUUAAUUCUUCCUGUUUUAUGUUUGUAUGCAUACAUUAAUCUCAUUAAUCUACUAGGAGCUUUAGCUGUAGCAACAAGUAUAUAACCUUUACAAAAAUUUGUCUGUAUAUAAUUUUAUAAUUAAGAACAACCCUAUGUGUAAUGCAUAAAUAGGCAUCAAAAAAAAAUUUUUUUUUAAUUAUUAAAAACAUUUUUGUAGUGAA